AUGCCGACAGACAGUGCUGCUGCGUCCUCGUCUUCGACCAUUAACCACCGCUGCACCAACACCAACGCCACCGCCACCACCUCCAACCUGCCUGUUCCCUGUCCUACAUCACCACAAAGCUCCUCUAGUCCUGCAUUGCCCAAAUCCUGCUCCACUUCAAAUCUCAAUGACUCGACGACGCCCAAAUCGUCAGUGCCCACGUACAACAGCAUUGGCAAUUUUGGCCUCAACAGCAAGUGCAACAAUGCCGCCAAUAACAACAAUAGCACCAACAACAACUUUGUCAGUCCAAAACCGAGGCCCAGCUCCGGUGAGACGGUCUUUGACCGAGACCGAGAAACAUGGGGCAAGAAGAUGGACUUUCUCCUCUCCGUCAUUGGCUUUGCAGUCGAUCUCUCCAAUGUGUGGCGGUUUCCAUAUCUAUGCUUUAAGAAUGGAGGAGGCGCAUUUCUCAUUCCAUACUUGAUCAUGUUUGCAAUUGGAGGAGUGCCCCUCUUCUUUAUGGAACUAGCCUUGGGACAGUACCAUCGAAAGGGCGCUAUCACAUGUUGGAGUCGAGUUGUGCCACUUUUUAAAGGCAUUGGCUACUCAGUAGUGCUGAUUGCCUUCUACGUUGACCUCUACUACAAUGUCAUCAUUGCCUGGGCGAUGCACUUCUUCAUAAAGUCCUUCACCGCUGAACUGCCAUGGACGACGUGCAACAACCCCUGGAACACGAAGCAGUGCUUUGAGAUCAGCAAUAGCUCAGCGGUCAGCUCGCCCACCAAUGCCAGCGAUCGAAUUCGCAACUCUGCUGCUCUCGAGUACUUCAAUCGAGGUUUCUUGCAGUACCACCACAGUUCAGGCAUUCACGAUCUCGGAUAUAUUCGCGCGGAAAUCGCCCUCAGUCUACUGCUAGUUUAUCUCAUUUGCUACUUUAGUUUAUGGAAAGGCAUAUCUACUUCAGGCAAGGUUGUCUGGUUUACCGCUCUAUUUCCCUAUGUUGUUCUCUUCAUUCUCCUCAUUCGGGGGCUGAUGCUGCCGGGCGCCAUCAACGGUAUUCGCUACUACCUGACGCCGGACUUCAACGCACUGUACAAGGCGACGGUGUGGGUGGACGCCGCCACGCAGGUCUUCUUCUCGCUGGGCCCCGGCUUUGGUGUGCUGUUGGCCUUUGCCAGCUACAACAAGUUCUACAACAAUGUCCACCGAGACGCCCUGGUCACCAGCAUCAUCAACAGUGCCACCAGCUUUCUCGCCGGUUUCGUCAUCUUCGCCGUUCUCGGCUACAUGGCCCACAGACUCAACGUGGAGGUGGGCGACAUCGCAGCAGAAGGCCCCGGUCUAGUGUUUAUCGUCUACCCGGAGGCCAUUUCGGCCAUGCCCGCCGGUCCACUCUGGUCGGUCAUCUUCUUCCUGAUGCUGCUCACUAUUGGACUGGACAGCUCGUUUGGCGGCAGUGAAGCCAUCAUCACUGCCAUCAGCGACGAGUACCCGCUGGUGAAGCGCAACCGAGAGACUUUUGUGGCGUUACUGUUCUCCUUCUAUUUCAUCGUCGGCCUGGCCAGCUGUACCCAGGGCGGCGUGUACAUUGUCCAGUUUAUGGACCGCUUUGCCGCCGGCUACUCCAUUCUAUUUGCGGUUCUCUUUGAGUCUAUUGCCGUUUCCUGGAUCUACGGUGUUCGGAGAUUCUCACAGGAUAUCAAGCUGAUGGUCGGCUUUGAGGUGAACCAGUGGUGGAAAUUUUGCUGGACCUUUAUGGCACCUUUCUUCAUUAUGUUUAUCAUUGUGUUUGGACUGGUCAACUACGAGCCACUGGAGUACAACAACUACAAGUACCCGAUGUGGGUGAACAUUAUGGGCAUGCUGGUGGCCGCCUCCUCGGUGCUCUGCAUUCCAAUCACCGCACUCUGGCUCAUUGCACGAACACCAGGAACACUGAAAGAGCGCAUUCGCAUCCUGAUCAAACCCUACGAAGAAGAGCGCCGAGAAUUGCUCAUGUUGCGCAUUGCCAACGUCUCCAAAAGCAUGGACUCAUUUACGCCUUUCUCCUCGACCGCCACCAAAGUCUGA